AGAGAUAAUUAAAUCAAUAAUGGUUUUGAAAUUGAAAACUCCAAUGCAAGGACCGCAAGAUUCCCCAGUUGAUGACUGGUUAUUUGGAAGAGACCUUGAAGAUAGAGUUAAGCAGUCUAAGUCUUUGGUUCAAAUAAGUAAAGAAUUGCGGGACCACAAACAACCAUCCAGCUCCACUGCUCGGGCUUUAAACUCCCAGAGCCUCCCUCGAUCAUCGCAACUAGAGAUGAUCGAUAUAUCGGUACCGACGACCUUUCCCGGUCGCUGUCACCGGUAUCCCGGCGACUUGCAAGUCGCUGCUAAGAUCAUCUCUAAUCGCAACGAGGUCUACGAAUGGGCCGCUUCAACAGCAUUACCGGACCAGUUAUGGAGGAAAACAGCAGUUCCGACGAGUUCAAGAAAAGAAGCCAGUACGGCUGGACCAACAAGGGCAGAGAGGGAGAUAUCGCCGAUGAAUACUGAGGUUGGUGAAACAGCUGGCAGAUUAAAAUUAUUUUAUGCAAACUGGUGCAAAAUAACGUCUGACAAGCAUGUCUUGUCAUGGAUUAAGAAGCCUCGUCCGUCUCACAUACCGAAGGAACCUAAAUGUUCUCCGACAGAACUGGGUGAGAUUGAAAAUAAUAUUAAAAAAUGUUUGUCCACCGGGGCCUUGAAGAAAGUGCGCCCUCUUAAGGAUCAGUUUUUAUCUAAUAUUUUUGUAACUCCUAAACCUGACGGUAGUCAAAGACUUAUUCUCAACCUCAAAUCGUUAAAUGAUUACAUUUCAGUUAGUCAUUUUAAAUUAGAAGAGCAUAAAACAUUAGAAUCUAGUCUUCACGCCAAUCAUUACUUGUAA